UUAGCACAGUAUACAGAGUUCUCAGCAGUCGAAUCGAUAAAUCCUCUCUUCGUCUACAUCAGUGUUUAAAUUUCUCUCCUCUCUCUCUAUAUACAGUAUGUUCUUGGAAUCUUCCACACGAAUUUUCCCAUCGAUUUCUUCAAUUUGUAUGAAACUCUAGAUUUCUGCAGUUGAUCCUAUUCGAAAAAUUUCUGUAAGGUCUCGUUCAGAGAGUGAGAAAAAAAUGGAGGGUUCGUCGACGAUCGCAAGGAAGACAUGGGAGCUGGAGAACAACAUUCUAACAGUAGACCCACCUGAUUCAGCUUCCGACGCAAUCUUCUACUACGACGACACUUCGCAGAGCAGGUUCCAGCAGGAGAAACCAUGGGCGAACGAUCCUCACUACUUCAAGCGGGUCAAGAUCUCGGCGCUCGCUCUCCUUAAGAUGGUGGUCCACGCGCGCUCCGGUGGCACCAUCGAAAUCAUGGGGCUUAUGCAGGGUAAGACCGAUGGUGAUGCCAUCAUUGUCAUGGACGCUUUCGCCUUGCCGGUGGAAGGAACCGAGACAAGGGUUAAUGCUCAGGCCGAUGCGUAUGAGUACAUGGUCGAGUAUUCGCAGACGAACAAGCUCGCUGGGAGGCUGGAGAAUGUUGUUGGAUGGUAUCACUCCCACCCUGGAUAUGGAUGCUGGCUCUCUGGUAUUGACGUUUCCACGCAGAGGCUUAACCAACAGUAUCAGGAGCCCUUUUUAGCUCUUGUUAUUGAUCCCACAAGGACUGUUUCCGCUGGUAAAGUUGAGAUUGGAGCAUUCAGAACAUAUUCAGAAGGGUAUAAGCCUCCAGAUGAACCUGUUUCUGAGUAUCAAACUAUUCCUCUUAAUAAGAUUGAGGACUUCGGUGUUCACUGCAAACAGUAUUAUUCGUUGGAUAUCACUUAUUUCAAGUCAUCUCUUGAUAGUCACCUUCUGGAUCUCUUAUGGAACAAGUACUGGGUGAACACUCUUUCUUCUUCCCCACUGUUGGGCAGUGGUGACUAUGUUGCCGGACAAAUAUCAGACUUGGCUGAGAAGCUUGAGCAAGCCGAGAGUCAUCUGGCUCAUUUUCGCUUUGGUGGAAGUGUGUCAUCAUCCCUUCAUAGGAAAAAAGAGUUGAAAGGAGAAACUGUUGUUGAAUUUGAACAGAGAUCCAACUUUGGAGAAUGUUAUUGGGAUGAGUCCCAACUAACUAAGAUAACUCGGGAUAGCUCGAAGAUAACUGUGGAACAGGUUCAUGGACUAAUGUCGCAGAAAAUGGCGCAGAGAGUCGGAGGAGUGAAAAGAGCGAAACUUUCCCCUGCAACUCUAGAUUUUCCAAUUGUUCUUCGUCGAGAUGGAGUGCGUGUUCAUCGAGGCUGCUCCUUCGCGCGAAAUUGUUCUUCUAAUCGAAAGCCGAGACUCAGGAUCGUGUCACAGAAAUGGAAAUUAAACGACAUCGACCCAAAUGCGGUGCAAGAACGAUUUAGUAGGUGGGUGUCUAAAUCCCAAAAGUAUCUGAGCGAAGUUGCCUCUCCGCUGAUAAAGAAGAGUCAGAGUGUCAAAGUCGAUCUCGAGGAUCAACAUGAUUUUGAAGACUUGGAGGAACUUCUUACAGUGGAACAAACACUUGAAAGCGAUACACCCAAAGGACCUCUUUCUUUUGAUGCUAUCAUCUCCAUCGAACAGUUUAGCAGGAUGAAUGGAUUGACUGGGAAGAAAAUGCAGGAUAUAUUUCAAACACUUGUUCCUCCAGCGACAUCUGCUAAUGCUCGAUACCUUGUGGAAUAUUGCUGUUUCAGGUUCUUAUCGAGGGAUAGCUCAGAAUUUAAUCCGUGUCUCAAGGAGCCUGCAUUCCAGAGGCUAAUCUUCAUCACAAUGCUUGCGUGGGCGAAUCCAUACUGUAAAGAAAGAAACGCACGCAAUGAUACCUCAGAGAAACCUUCUUUCCAGGGACGGUUUGUUAGGGAAGAGGCAUUUGUUCGUAUUGCUCCAGCGAUUUCGGGCUUGGCUGAUAGGGCUACAGUAUAUAACCUUUUCGAGACUCUAGCCGCUGCCAGUGAACAGAAAGGCAUCUCUUUGGAGAUUUGGCUAGCUUACAUCCAGGAACUAGUCAAAAUACACGAAGGACGGAAGUCAUACCAGACUACAGAAUUUCCACAGAUGUCAUCGGAGAGACUUCUAUGCAUGGCCUCUAACAGGAAAGGACCUGUUUUAAAGUGGGAGAAUAACGUUGCGUGGCCGGGGAAACUGACUUUAACUGAUAAAGCUCUCUAUUUUCAGCCAGUUGACCUGAAGGGCAGCAAAGGGAUCUUAAGACUUGAUCUUGCAGGGGACAAGUCAUCCGUAGAGAAAGCAAAAGUGGGUCCUCUGGGGUUUUCCCUCUUUGAUUCUGCAGUAUCUGUUUCAUCCGGCCCCGGGUUGGCCACUUGGGUUCUAGAGUUCGUUGACCUAGGAGGUGAACUGAGACGAGAUGUUUGGCAUGCGAUUAUUAGUGAAGUUAUAGCACUGCACACGUUUCUACGAGAAUUUGGGCCAGAAGAGAAUGAUAAUUCACUGCUUCAUGUGUUUGGUGCAAAGAAGGGUAAGGAAAAGGCAAUUGCAAGUGCAUCUAACUGUAUUGCAAGACUUCAAGCUAUUCAAUAUAUGCGGAAUCUGCCAGAUGAUCCUAUCAAACUAGUUCAGUUCUCUUUUCUUCGACAAGUAGCCUAUGGUGACAUUGUGUGUCAAACUUUAGCUGUAAAUUUUUGGGGUGGACCAUUAGUGACCAAAGUUGCAAACACGGUUUACAACCGAGGUAAAUUGGCCAGGACUUCCCGAGAGUCCUAUGAAAGCUUCGAUAACGCCUCUGAUCUCGAUGGAAGUGUCUACUUGAAAAGGUGGAUGAGAUCUCCGUCCUGGAGUUCAAGUGCAUCUAUGAACUUCUGGAAUAAUUCUUCUCUAAGACAAGGCUUAGUUUUGAGCAAAAACCUCGCCGUUGCUGAUCUCACGCUCGUAGAGAGAGCAGCAGAAACAUGCAGACAAAAAUAUAAGGUGGUAAAAAAAACUCAAGCCACUAUUAAUGCUGCAACCAUCAAAGGGAUACCCAGUAACAUUGAUCUCUUUAAGGAACUCAUUCUACCACUGUCUAUAACUGCCACGAGGUUUGAGAAACUCCGGCGAUGGGAGGAGCCUUAUUUGACGGUCUCUUUUUUAGCAUUGGCAUCAACGAUCAUUUUCAGGAACCUUUUGCAGUACGUUCUUCCCGUGUCUUUGAUGCUUUUGGCAACUGGGAUGCUUACGUUGAAGGGACUCAGACGACAAGGGCGUCUUGGAAGAUUGUUCGGAAUGGUUACCAUUCGAGAUCAGCCAUCUUCAAAUACUAUUCAAAAAAUUAUUGCUCUCAAAGAUGCUAUGCAAGAUAUGGAGAGCUAUCUCCAGAACGUGAAUGUUGUGCUUCUAAAACUACGGACAAUUGUACUAUCUGGUCAUCCCCAGGUAACUACUGAAGUAGCGCUGGUUUUGCUAUCUGUUGCGACGGUUCUAGUCAUUGUCCCUUUCAAAUACGUUCUGGCUUGUGUUCUCUUCGACCAAUUUACUCGGGAGCUCGAGUUCCGGAAAGAAAUGGUCAUAAAAUUCAAUGCUUUCUUACGAGAACGUUGGGAAAUGGUACCAGCAGCUCCUGUCCUUGUUUUACCGUUUGUAAAUGAAGAGUCUUCACCUGCAACUCAAGGAAAGCAAGCAGCUCAGAGAACAAGCACAGAGAAGUGAUUGAUAUAAAAGUGGCAUUUGCACGUAUUAGAUACACGAGUUACUCAAGAAGUACAAUCCUAGGAAGAACAAAUAUCAAAUGUAGUUGACAAUAAUUCUCUGGUUAUUAAAUGUAUAUGAUAAGUACAGAGUCCUAGAGAUGUUAAUUAAUCAUUUUUUCUUUGUAUAUUAUUAGAAAGUAAUCGCCAUUUUAGGCCUUACAAGGGGUAAACAAAUGUUCUCACAUCUCUUACUCUUGAUCUCCAAAAGUUGUUGUCAGUCUUAAACAGAACUAUUAUGUUUACCAGCAACUUUAUCCGUUAGUCUCGGAUAAUCUUAUGCGCUCACCAUUUUCUUGAUCUUUAUCUGAAAAGGGCGAGAAAAUGCGUCAUGGUCUUGUC